AUGGCCGUUGUCGUGAGCAGCGAUCCCGUAGGGAUCGCAACUAGAACAUCGCGCUACAAUGCCUUUCUUGCCAGUCACAGCGUCUCGCGCCGGGAAGCGCGUUUCGCAUCGCGCGGCAGUAGACCUUUUUGCGGAAUAUCCGCAAAUGCAUCAGCGGCGGCAGCUCGAGCCGUGCAUAGUCCCUGCAGCCAGCCCCACGCCCACCAGCCCAACCUCUCCGCCGCAUCGGGCCCGUCCCGUCCCGACCGAUGGCUGAUCGGCAGCGCGCAAUCCGCCGCCGAGUCGCCAUUCGUGGAGGUGAGGGACGCGCGGCCGUGGGACUGGCGGAUCGCCGAGAGCGGCAGCGGAGGAGCGCCACGCCGCGAGGAGGAGCCGUCGUCCGACGAGUGCCGAUCUCGAGCGCUGCCCGGAGUGGACGGCGCGCUGCAGCUGCUCACUGACGCCGACGCAGCGAUGACGUCAGACCUGCUGCGAGCUAAGGCGCAGAGCGGAGCGGCGCAGCAGCAGGGGCGGGCGCAAGCGGAGGGGGGGCCCCGCAGCGAGGGCCCUGGGAAUGUGUUUCUGGUGGGGACUGGGCCUGGCGACCCCGACCUCCUCACUCUGAAGGCGGUGCGCGCGCUGCAGUCGGCGGACCUCGUGCUCUACGACCGCCUCGUCUCCCCCGCCAUCCUGCGCCUGGCCGCGCCGUCCGCGCGGCUGCUGUACGUGGGGAAGGCGGCGGGGUACCACACGCGCACGCAGGCGGAGAUCCUGCACCUGCUGCUCGCCUUCGCGGAGGCGGGCGCCGUGGUGGUGCGCCUCAAGGGCGGCGACCCGCUGGUGUUCGGGCGGGGCGGCGAGGAGAUGGAGCACCUGCAGGCGCACGGCAUCCGCGUGCAGAUCGUGCCCGGCAUCACCGCCGCCUCUGGCAUCGCUGCUGAACUUGGCGUGCCUCUCACCCACCGCGGCGUCGCCAACAGUGUACGGUUUCUAACGGGCCACAAGCGCAAGGGAGGCGGCGACCCGCUGUAUGCCGCCAGCACAGCCGCAGACCCCGACACCACCCUCGUGGUCUACAUGGGGCUCGCCACGCUGCCCAGCCUUGCCGCCCGCCUGCUGGCCAAUGGGCUGCCGGCUGACACUCCUGCUGUGGCGGUGGAGCGAGGCACCACCGCUGCUCAGCGCACUGUGUUUGCUACGCUGGAGGAUCUGCCAGCAGCCGUGUCAGCGGCCCAACUCGUGUCACCCACGCUCAUUGUCAUCGGCCAGGUCGUGGCACUGUCGCCAUCAUGGCCCUUCGCUUCAACCACUUCAUCCGGCUUAGGGGUUGCACCUGAUUUUCAAGAGCCUAGAGACCGGCGGCUCAGAGGACCAGAUCCCCUGGUCCCUAGCCAACAAGUUAAGCUUAGAGAGGGUGAGAGGCAAUCUUAG